CGAUGGAACCAAACUUCUGCACAAACAAGUGCACGGGGGCGAAAUCACCCCGCAAGGGCCAGGAGUGCUACCCAGGCCUGCAGAAGAGGAGCGCAGAGUCGGUGACCGCCGCGUCCUCGUUCCACGCUCGCUCGCCCGCCCGGACCCAACCGCGCGCUGACCUCUCACCCGCCCAGAACCAGCAAAAUGAUGUUGCUAAAUAAGUAUUUUCACGAGAGAUAAAGGAGGAUGGCAGAGAAGAAUCCUGAGCUCACCUCAUCCCACAGACACACCGAGCUAACAGCCACAUUUGUGCAACAAACUCUGGAAAUGACCCAAAGACCCAACAGACUGGAAGGUGUGUUAAGACCUUCCACGGUGAACCGUGGAGAUGAGGCCACAUUGAAAAGGGUAGCAGGGGAGAAGCAGCUGGGAACCAAACCGCAGGUGAGAGACCACAAGCUGAGAGAGCAGAGGGUCAGACCCCACAUCGGCACCCUAGGCACUGGCGAUCUGCUCUGGGAAGAUCCUCCCCGCCCAGCCACGCAUCUACAUGCUGAUAUCAACAGUGUCACAACACAAAGCUUUCAUAAUAUUCGCAUACAGCUUCGGAUCACAUUUGGAUCUGUUUCAAGGACGUGGACCCAGUCACAACAGAUGAUGUUUAGGGUUGCAUCCCAAAGUCAAAGGCUGGAUCCCGUGACUGACCAACCCAUUGUUAUUUUAUGCGAUCCUCUGAAAAUAGUAGUCAUGCUUUGUUUUAAAGACUUCCUAUGUUCAUUGAUAGAUUCUUUUUCUGCGAGUGUCCUUCUGACCUCUGGGUUUCAUGACUUCAGUGUCGGGUUUGCUUAA